UACUUCAAAUUUAUUAUUCCUUAAAGUUGUGCGUGGGAAGUUAUAGAACCCAAACGGAAACCACAUACAAGAAGAAGACCAAAAUUACUUUCUUUCUCGUCUGUGGGAUCAGAUUUGUAGGUCCAAGAAUGGUUCAGCCGUUAGUGUAAGCAGUGCGUUGCGGAGCUCCAUUUUGGUUUAUGGUAAUGGCGUCGUCUUUCGAUGGACAGCUCGUCCCCCAGCCUGCAAUUGGUGUCGGAACCGUCGUUGACUCACGAGGAAAGCAUCGCAUUCUCGCGGAGCUCAAGCAUCUUGAACAGGAACUCAGAUACUUGCAGGAAGAGUUGGAGGAAGUUGAGAAAAUGGGAAACAUCUCAUCUGUAUGCAAAGAUUUGCUUCCCUGCAUCGAAACCAAAUCAGACCCACUUUUGCCUGUGCUGAAUGGUGUUGUAAAUCCACUAUGGGAUCGCUGGUUUGAAGGAUCCCCAAGCUCACCAGAUUGUGGCUGCUGGAUUCUCUGAACAGCAGGCUCUGCUCCCUUAAAACUUGGAAGAUGUGUGAGAUAUAUGACACUAAUUGACAUCUUCGAACACCGAGGCUUGGAUUUCUGAGUGACUCAUACCCAAGAAUAGUUUAGUUUGGUGAUAAUUAAUAUCAUGUCUAGUUCUACAGCACUACUAGUGCAUUAGUUUUUUUCGCUCCUUGUAGAUUGGAAACGUUGGCAGGACUUUACUUCUACACCUAGCUCAGCUGAUAUCUGUAUAGUUAUUGUGGAAGCAGCUCAAUGGGCUAAAGACAAUUCCUGCCCAAGUCCCUACAAUAUGGGGUCUGCUUGUUUCA